AUGUCCAACAGUAGCUACAUCAAUGCACUAGUACGCUCUCUCUACGAUGAGAGUCAGGAGCACAACAAUAGCACGUUAAGUGGAAGCCAGCCCGAGAUUGGAAGCCCGAACGCAUUCGAUUGGCAGUCAGAGCCACCAAGUUUGUUCACACGAUCAGCUAACAGAUGGGGAGGACAGUUCAACCCUGAUCAUUUCCAGCGCAACGCGUUCGCGAUGAUGUCAGCAAGCCCUGUCAAUAUGGAGAACGCAGCGUUCGCCGCGAUGACUGUUGCGUCACAUCACAAAUAUGAAAAAAACAAAAACAGAAGCGAUCGUGUCAACGAGAAAUCGUAUUGGGUCAACGGAAGCCACGUAGACGAAACCAUCACCUACAACCAGUAUACCAUCGAUACUGCCAUUUUGGCUCCAACUACAGAGUCUCUGGAAAUCAAGCAAGCGAUCCUACAACAGUCUGUGAACUCCAUCAAGCAGACAAAGACAAUAAUGGAACACAAGGUGGAUUUCUUGAUGAAGCGCUACACAUCAGUAUGCCCAGACGUCCGCUCGCGAGUCAACGCCGCCACCAGCGAAUUGUUUGACGUGACUAGUGACGUGUACGAAUUCACAAGCCUACACGUCAUCGACAACACGGGACAAGCGAUCGUUACAGGACCGGGACCAGGACUUCCAGCCCCAUUUAGAGCCGCCGCCACAUACUUCAGAAUCGAGCUUCGAUUGGUCCCACGGCUCUGCUCCCUACAAACUGACAUUGGAAUCAACCCAACAAAGUUCCCACCAUCUUCCAACAGAGCCGUCUACGUUCCAGUGCCAAGAGUCCAGAACCAGAUGGACGUAUCCAUUACUCGCCAAAUGGUAAUGGACCAAGCACAUCACAAGGAAAUCAUCGCAGCAAUGGCAGCAUUGGGAGAAGAGUUCUUGAUGAGAGCCGCGACCAGAGACGGAGAACCCGAUAACGAAGCCUACGAAAAGUGGUCCAAGCAACAGAUUGCAAAGACCCAAUUCCAAGCGCUCGAAGAAGCACUCACGGCCACCUACGUCGGACUACAACAAGGAAUGGAGACGCCAAACCAACAACUGGCAAAGCUCAACAUGAUCCGAUACGAAGGAGGCACAAUGAUGUACGACAGCGUGGCUACUUUAUUUGGCAGAAUUGCCACGAUUCUAAAUGGGUUCAACCACGAGAAUCCCCCGCCAACCAACCUAUCAGACUUGGCAGGAGUAGCCGGGACCACUACUUAUGGACUACCCCAGCAACCUGUCUCGAAUGCACUGCCUACGCGAAUGAGCAGAGAAGAAGAGAAGCGCAUCAAGCAACUUGUGGGAAUUGCAAACAGCGCAGGACUAGUCAGACCAAACAGAAGCUGCGUUCCAGGACCAUCUGCACCAAAGAGACCAGGAGGAAGAGCUUUUGCGGGAUUCCACCAACAAGGAUUCCAAGGAUUCCAAGCCAACUGCUCCUUCCAAACUCCAAAGAUUGCGACCGCUGGAACCUUCCACACCGCAUUGACAACCCCUCCAGCACCAGAGCGAAAUGUUCGAGUCACUGACGGACAAGGAAGACAAUUGUUGGUCCCGACAUCCGACAGCAAACUAUGCUGCCCACAAGCUGCCCUAACAAUGCUAGUAUGCAUGAGUGCCGCCGAAGAAGCAUUCAACAUCGAAGAAGAAAGCGACAAAACAUCCUCGAUCCAUUGUUGGGGAUGCCAAAAGAUAGGCCACACAUUCCGAGAAUGCCCCCACAAAGGAGAUCAGGGAGUUAUCAGCCAGUUUGAAAAAAGCCUAGAGGACUACAGACUAAAGAGAGAGCAGAGAACAAAAAAGCGAGAUAACAAGUUACAAGGACAGCGGUUACAUUAA